GUGAGGCGGUGACAUUCACUGGGAAACUGUCUGGAUGAGGACGCACAUGAACGUGUCCUGUUCACAAAAACACCAGAUCUCAAACAAACAGACACAGAUUGAUUGAGACAGAUUGAUUUCUAUUAUUGUGUUCUGUGCUCAGCCUAAAACAAGCUUACUAGAUGCAGAUACCAUUAUUUAGAAAAGUACAAAAAAGAAAGUGUACAAGUAAAAAAGAAAGAAAGAAAGAAGAAACCAGACCAGCAGCUUCAAUAGCAAAUAAACCACCCUGAUGUUUUUUCUCCAACUUAUAAGCAUUAACAUGAAACAUCAUCAGAGCUCCAGCAGUUCUGGGUUUAGAGCACAUCGAUCAUUUGAACUCAUCGUAAUAAGAGCAAAGUGUGAUUCAUUCACACAUUUCACUGAGACAUGAUGAGAAUCAGAGAAUCAGAGAAUCAGAGCUGCACUCUACUGUACCAGACUGUGUCCACUGCGCCAUCUAUCGACCACAGGCGAGUAACGCAACAACACGAAAGAGCACAAACAAACAUGGCGACGUCCGUGAGCAGCAGCGUGUCCUCUGAGUCCCUGUGAACAAAACGUUUAGUCUGACUGGACUCAUCAGAGGAGGAGCACGUGAGUAACAACGUGAACUUUACUGUCAACGCGUGGUUGUGUCGCUGGAAGCAGCAGAGACGACAACAUCAGCAGCAGCGAGCUGGCACUGCGCCGCCAUGUCUCUACAUGUUGAGUUGUAGAGAUCAGCUCCGCCGACACCAUGAACACACCUCGUUUCACCUCGUUAGAAAGACUCGGUGUUGUUGAACACUUCUAGGAUUGUACCUGCCUCACUGCAGCCUCCGCUCUCUGCAGGCACGCUCAUGUCUCCAGGCUCCAGACUGGCGGUGGUGUGUGGAGGCUCCAGGGGGAUUGGGAGAGCCGUGUCCCGCCUGCUGGCACAGAGCGGCUGCAGGGUGGCUGUGGUCUCCAGGGACCAGGACGCUGCCCGGGCCACCGUGGCGUCUCUACACGGAGAUGACCACGUGGCUUUUAGCUGUGAUGUCUCCAAAGAGCAGGAGGUGCAGAAAACAUUUGACACAAUCCAGAAAACCAGUGGAAACAUCUGUUACCUCGUGAACGCAGCUGGAAUCAACAGGGACGCUCUGUUGCUGAGAACCAAGCCGGAGGACAUGCUGGCUCUGCUUCACACCAACUUGUUGGGCACCAUGCUGACCUGCAGGGCGGCUCUGCGCAGCAUGCUGCACACACAGGGAGCGGCCAUCGUUAACAUAGGCUCUGUAGUGGGCCUGAAAGGAAAUGUUGGUCAGUGUGUGUACAGUGCCAGUAAAGCUGGUCUGGAGGGUUUCACACGAUCUUUAGCAAAAGAAGUUGCUUCACGUAAUAUCAGGGUGAAUCUGCUGGCUCCAGGUUUCAUUCGCACCGCCAUGACCGCAGGGCUGAGAGAGGAGGAUGGGGUGCGUUCUGUUCCACUGGGGAGAUUUGGCGAGCCGGAGGAGGUAGCCCCGGCUGUUCUCUUCCUCUUGAAAAGCUCCUACAUAACAGGACAGGUGCUGGUGGUGGACGGAGGGCUGCAGUUGACCAUGUAGGGAGCAGGGCCUUACCUCACCUUUCCAAAUAGUGACAUCUUUUUGAAGGUUAUAUGACAUAAACACUGAGGAAGUGGCUCAGGAACAGAUGAAGUCACUGUGGACCUGUGGAUCUGACCUCAGAAGGGAACGUUUGCACUUCAGACGACAUCAUGGUGGAGGCUGGGUGUUGCUCUUACUCUGAAACUUUGCCAAACUGCCUAAAGAGGUUGCAGAAGUUUUGAAAAGGCAUUUGUGAAACAUCUGCCAGAGGACAUCUCACUGUAGAGUCACUGUGUCCACCCUGAGGGGGCGUGGCCUCAUGUGUGUGACAGUCGACCUUCGUGACUAAUGUUGCCGACUCCGGAGUGUCUGACCCGGUCCAGACCUCGGUUCCCCGAGGCCCUAGAUUUGAUCAGCAGAAUUAAUGCUCUUGGUCUUUUUCCAUGACUGUAACGCUCCCUGCCGCUGAUGUUUUGUUCCCCCCACCUCCUCCAGGAAACCCCCUCACAGCCGGCAAAUGUUGCCCCCCCCCGAGCCCACCUCUGCAGGGGCCUGUGGAGGGGCCAGGCGUGUGGGGCUGCAGCUGGAGGAAAUUAAGAGGUGGUUGGGGUAUUUUUAGCUCGGGGAACAUUGUGAGUGUCUGGUUACAGCUCUGGUCCUGUGGUGUGGAUGGAUGAGGUUGGAGGUGAUUGUCGUGCUCAGUGAUGAGGUUUGAAAUGUUGUGCUGCUUGUUACUUUCAUUGAAACCUGCUGUUCCUUGACCUUAAGUGUCAAAGCCACCUCUAAAUGAGCUUUUACGAUGGUGCUCUCCCAAGUGUAUCCUAAACAUAUGUUCUAUUAAAGGACGAGAUUAGAAUAUUUUCUGAUCAGCCUUCUGUGCAAGAAUGUUUUUCCCACUCUGACUGUGUUCUUUGGCGUUCUCUGGCAGUCUAGAAAAACAUCUCACGCUGUCUGGAGAGAUUUUUUUAUUAACUUUCAUAACCUAAAAUAAUAUCAGGAGAACAAUCCAUAUACAGGCAUUGAUUGGCAUAGAAAUGUGCAAACACAGUCAGCUGAUGUUCGCUCCGAACAGACACAGAAGAAGAUGUCCACUUUGUAUAUUGUUACAGAGGUGACAAAAAUAGUAGAUAUAAAUAUACCUUGCUUUUUACUUUUCACCAGCUUAAGAGCAUUCGUUACCCUCCUCAUAGUGUGAAAAAAAGCUAUUUUGUACAUUCUGGUACAAGUUGUUUGGCACUGUACAAGUGUCCAAAAAUAACAUGCAAAGAAAUUGUGUUUGCAUUAAGCCUAAACGUGAUUUAAGGCAGUGAUAUAUAUAUUUAUAAAACUUAAUGAUAAAGAAAGCCUUGUUUCAUCAGUGAACAAAGAGUUGCUGAUAUAAUUUAUGUUGUUGGGAAAGUAAGUAAUUUUUUUUCCAUACAAAAAUAAAAUUGAAAAUCUGUGAUGUGUGACAAAUAAACCUUUCACAGCACCCUCGCUCAAGUGAGAACAUUUCGAUGCACACUUGUAAAAUAAACCACCAAAGAAGAAGAAAAUGAAAACAUGAUCUGCCAUCACCAAAAAGUUAUUUUAUAUGUUUCUUAAACGUAACUGUCUUGACCUCUGCCACCGUCAUUCACAUCCCACCCACCACAUUAAAGUGUCUCUUUAAACAAAA